CUUGCUCUGCUCAUCACGUGCGUGUCUUGCCCUUGGGUAGGCUGCGCGUGAGUCACAGCAUCAACAGUUUCCUCCAAGCACAGAGCUACCGGGAGGGACGACUACGGUGGACUGAAAACCAUCGAAAGGGGGCGAAACAUCGAAUGGAAAUGUUCAGAUCUACAUGUAUACCAUGGACACUGAUAUGAUUCCAAAAUUCUCCUCGAAAGACGAGGAGAUUAACUUCUGGAAGGCUCUUUCCCUCAAGUACAAGAAAAAUUGCCAGGAGGCUCAGGAGGAGCUGCUGGAGUUUCAGGAGGGCAGCAGAGAGCUGGAGGCAGAGCUGGAAACCCAGCUGGGGCAGGCUGAGCACCGCAUGAGAGACCUGCACUCUGAGAACAGCAGGCUCAAGAACGAGGUGGACUCACUCAAGGAGAAACUGGAGCAGCAGUAUGCCCAAAGCUACAAGCAGAUCAACAUGCUGGAGGGUGACCUGGGUCAGACCCGGGGCAUCAAGGAGCAGCUCCACAAAUACGUCCGGGAGCUGGAGCAGUCCAACGACGACCUGGAAAGAGCCAAGAGGGCUACAAUUGUGUCCCUGGAGGAUUUUGAGCAGCGUCUGAACCAGGCCAUCGAGAGGAAUGCCUUCCUGGAGAGCGAGCUUGAUGAGAAAGAGUCCCUCCUGGUCUCAGUACAGAGAUUAAAAGAUGAGGCCAGAGACCUACGACAAGAGCUCGCCGUCCGAGAGCGAAAUACGGACUUGACCAGGAUGUCAGCACCUUCCUCGCCCAACCAGGAGGACAACGACAAGAUGGAUUCCUCUGUCCAGGCCUCACUGUCUCUCCCAGCCACGCCGCUCACCAAUAGUCUGGACAACGCCUUCGCCAACCCAACAGAGUUGUCAAACGGCCUUGGUAACUCACUAACUCCCUCUGCCAGAAUAUCAGCACUCAACAUCGUAGGUGACCUGCUUCGGAAAGUAGGGGCUCUGGAGUCUAAGCUGGCAGCCUGCAGGAACUUUGCCAAGGACCAGAAAGCCAGAAAGUCUUAUGCCAUCACGGAAAACGGGAACGUGAUCAACGGCAACACAGCCAAGUUCUCCCAUACCCUCCACAUGACGUCGUCGUACUACGACAAAACGAGAGAGAGGGUCAUAUUCCCUGCAUUACUUCUGGGUAAUGGUCUUCCUCCUCCGAUGCUGAUGAUGUGUGGGGAACAGGGCGGUGAACGGCCUGGACCCUGGCACUCUGACAGCCAUCACUGCACCCCCUGCUCCCUCCCUCCCUGGCCUCCUACCUCUCAUCAUGUGACAGUGACAGACACCACACCCCAAUUUAAUCCCCCCCACACACACCCUGCCAAUGGACAAGGCUAUAUCCUUAAACAGAAAGCAUUGUGAUGACUUCAAACAAGAGAACGCACAUGAAAAUGGCUAGCACUAUUAAACACUUUUCACAUACUGUAAUACUGGCCCCUCUUUGCAGCCACUGCAUAUUCACAGGCUGUCUGUGUAAUUCUGGCCCUUUAGUGCUUGUGCUUUGGUCCUACUGUACAUGUGGCUCACAUUUUAUAUGUACUUGCAAAUUGUUUACUGCUUGUACAUAUAGCCCACUCUACACAGACAUCCAAAGAGGUGCAUCCAAAGAGACGGUAUCUAUGUAGGAUCCUAUCCUCUCUGCAGUAAUUUUUCAAAUCUUUAGUUUAGACAGAAAAAACACAUUAUGCAAUUGAAAGUGUGAUACAGUGAGGGUUUCCGAUAUACAUGUUACCGUAAUUUUAUUUAACUGUUAUGAUUUAUCAGAGAUGGUGUAGCAAGUGAAAGAAUAUAGAUUAGCCAGAGUCUACAGAAGAAGUCAAAUGUCUGGAUUACUGUAACACAUUCAUCUAGCAGCAUUGCCUUAUACAAUGCAUAGGCCCUCUCUCCUCUAACUCUCCACCCCUCAUUUGACAUGUCUUAUAAAUGGAAACUAGGGUUAAUGGAUUGGCAGCUGGCACACAUGUGUAGAUGUGUUUAAUAGCCUAGAACGGUCCUUCACCACGUGGACCUGCUCCUAACAAGCUGACUUAUUGUCCGUCACUAAAGGUGGUUUAAAUCUCUUGUCGACCUCCUAUGCCUUUCUGACCUUGAGUUUAAAUCAGUAGCCAUCUGAAGAAUAUUAAUGUUAGUUUUGUUUUUAUUUAUGUAAUGUGUUCCAAUUAAAAUGCAUUGGUUUAGACCUGUUCAAAAGGGAUGGUGAAGGAAAAUCCUCUGUGUCUUCGUGUUGAGUGUUCUGGGCUACUUAGUCUCAGCUCAGUUUAACCGUAUGACAACGUGCACGGUAUUGGUCAUAUUGAUCAUUAUUUAUAUAUGUCCACUUGAGUGGUGCUGUCAUGGUGUUUUAGACCACUUUUGCCAGUAUUCCAUUUUUGGAUUUUAACUCCAAGUCUUUCAUUUUUGGUGUUUGAAUUUUCACUGGUAUCUUAUUGUAUUUAAAAUAUCACACAACCCUGUGUUAGCAACCUAUAUUGUAAGUUAAGAGCACUUUAUCCAGUGCAAAUAUUUUCCUUGUAUUUUCACAUUAUUCUAUCAGUUUUAUUCAAGUGCAAUAUUGCCUGUUUGUAUGUUUUGUUAAUUUAUUAAAUUCAUUUUAUGGCAUGAUGUGUUCAAAUAUAUAGGAUGUGAUUAUACAUCAAUUAGUCAUAUCAUGAUGUAGGAUCCGUUGUCUUAAAAUGUUGAGAAAAUAAAUAAAUAUAAAGCCA